AUGACAUGUGCGGGUACACGCCACCUUUCUGAUCUCCUACGCUCGGACAUGGACUCCUUUCUGGGCCAGUUAGUGGAGCGAGACACACUCCUACAUGAUGCCGCGCAAUGGCGACGGGGGUGCGAACUGAGAGGACAAGGACAUCUCAUCCCGGAGCCGUGCGCCCAGGACACAAACAAGUGGCCCCUGCUUGCAGCUUGGCGUUGGCUCCUGCCAUUGCCGGGCAGAGAGGCCCAGCUCAGCCAAGAUGUAGGUGGUCAUAGCGCUGUCGCGGUCUCCCGGGAGCACGGGUGGGACAUGGGACACCGUGCUACACUGCCUCUGGCUCUGGGCAAAGCGUUAUGUGGUAAUCAGACGUCUAACGAAGCAUCGGCACUGUCCGCGGACCUUGAAGAGUAUGCAGUCUGGAGACAGUCCGAGCAAACUCGGCGGGAAGCCGAGCUCCAACAACUUCGGUAUGACCGCAUCAGGCCCGCGAUUCAAUGCGUCUCCCUCCUUCUCCUGGGGCUGAGGCGCAUUCGGGUGGAAUACGCCCGCCGCAUCACUGCCUGGAAACACCUCCACCUCAUCAUGGAGCAACUCCGGAUGCCAGCCGGAGCACCGCCCGCACAACCAGACGGAGGCGUCCACAGACUACCCUCCAUGCUGGACGCUUGGUUCGAUACUGCCAGGGGUCGCACCGCUGCCCGCGAACUGCGAUGGAUGGCCCCAACUCUGUCGGUGCUAACCGCACGUAUCAAAGCUGAGGGCAACCCAACUGGUCAGAUGAAUGGCCUUCCUUUGAUGAUAUGCAAUCCGCGUUGCGGAUGCCAUGCACCUGUGACCUCGCUCCUCCGAAUGCCAUUUCCUGCUGCUGGACGUGUGGUGGUACUCAGCUCCCGCCUGCUUCCCCGCCUCGUGCGUGCCCUUUCUGCCAGCGCAGUUGCGGAGGGCCUGUGUGCCGCAGCUGCGGAUGCACAAUCCACCUCACUGGUCAGUGCUCCUGGAACCGCGGGGCCAGCCGAAGCUACCGGGUGGACGCGACGGACGCUACAUCACUUUGCCCCGACUGCUGGGGGUCAUGGAGAAUGGCGCUCCAAGCACUCCCACGACACCCAGCUCGUCCACCGCUACCCCCAGGAAAUCUACUCCGCCAUUUGA